GACAUGUUGGGCCUAGUUUUCACACUGUAGGACUCCGUGAGCCAACAUUUUAGGCUUCCGAGAGGAGCAAUAAAUUCUUUCGUGCUGAAUCAAUUCCAUUUUACUGUGCGGCUGGGCGGAAAAUUGUCCCAAAGGUGCUAAGGUCGGCGAGGAGUCGGACUGUGACGUCUGAAAACGACGGUUGAAAACUUGGAGCGGCGCAGAGGGAGGCGGGCGGGAAUGUCCGCGCGCCAUUGGCUGAUGUCGACGCCGCUGGGCGGGAGCUGAGGCGACGAUCGGUAUUUGAAGCUCGAGCUGCAGCGCACCGCUCCAAGAGGAAUGCGUUGGGAUCGCCGGGCUCCUGCCAUUAUUUGAAAAGUAAUAUUUAAAAAACCGGGAUCACAGAACAAAAAAAAAACCCCGUUCUGAGAAAAAAAAAAUCGUGACAAGAUUGCCCGCGCCUUCAAUUGAUCCAGAUUGAUUUGAUUUAUUUUCUGAGGUGAUAAGCCGCCAGGUACUUUGUGUACUACUAGGUAGGAAGGAACUGCAGAUGGUGAUUUACACCGAAGAUAGACACAGAAUGCUCGAGUAACAGCGCUGCAGGACAGGUAGCAUCUCUGGAGAGAAGGAAUAGGUGACGUUUCGGGUCAAGACCCUUCUUCAGAGUUUUGUUUUUUGCCCAGCACCUGCGGCGAUCAAACUGUCAACGCAUCCGGCACCGGGUGUCCACGAGUGACAGAGGUUGUUGAGGCUGCUUUGGAAGGGUGAAUCGAGGGUCAGUAACAUCAACACGCCCGUCACGGUCAACAUCGUGCUGGACGUCGAGCGGUGAAGAGAACUUCUGGGACAUUGAACAGCGCAGCCCGGUUUCACCAUGUCCGCGGACCGCUACUCGUCUCUGGACGAACCGGCACUCAGGAAACUGCUGGAAGUGACUGAUGAUUUUGAUGAACGUAAACUUAUUCGGUCCACAAUUUAUGAACUGAGGAGGAACGAAUUAAAAAGAACAGAGGAAACACUAUCCUCCAAACGUUUUCGUUCUGAAAGAACAAAUAAAUGCCUUGAAGACAAAGAGAAUCAUUUACGAUCUCACAGACAGGAAGAGGAUCAGAAAGGGUCUUUGGAUAAACUUUCAGGGAAACUAGAAUCCAUUAGUGACAUUGAUGAGCUAACAACAUUGCUCCGAAAUGCAGGUGAAUAUGAAGAACGUAAACUGAUUAGAGCUGCUAUGCGUAAACUUCGUGAGCAGGAGAUUGAAGCUGCAUCCACUGGGGACAGACUAAUUGGAAGACCAGUCCAUAAUGGAGCACAGGAGAUUGAAAAGAAAUCUACUGUUUACCGACAGGACAUCACUCCACAGACAGUAUGUUCAAACAAGGACCAUUUGGCGAAAUGUGAGGAGAAUGUUCUUCGAACGUUGGUAGUGGAUACUGAGGACCUGGAGCCCAGACCAAAGAUCCGAGCACAAAUACAAGAUCUUUGGAAUCAGAAGAACAGCAGUCACAGUGAGCUUGAUGAAAUGACCUCCAGCAUGGUUGUUGUCCAAGAUCCUCUGAAAAAUAUUGAUGAUAGUUCAAUGAAAUCUGUCCAGACUUUUCAACAAAGAGCAACAUCAUCUGUUUUGGACCCUUGCAUCUGUAGUACUGUUUCUGACUGGGACUCUGAGAGUGGCAAGGGUUCCAAGGGAGGACUAUUGCCUGAAAAUCCCAGGACGUCUGAAUCCUGUUUGACAAUUCAGACCCAACCUACUGUAAAGUUACAGAAAAGGACUGAAAGUUCUUCAAGCAUGGCAGAAGAUGACGAUGCUGCUCUUAGGAAAAAUGGUUGCUCCUCGGUUAAUAACAGUAAGAACACCUUUGCACCAAAGACGGAGCCUACAGUUCUCCAGGCAGAGAUAAGCUCCCAGAAUGGGAUGUUGACAUCGGUCCAGAAAAGGCUACAUUCUGAAUUAAUUGACAAUAUCUCUCCUAUCACAGCAAGAAGAGCCAGUGAUAAGGAACAAGGGGAAACUCUCUUCACAGGACUUGAUAAAGUGAUCACAUUCAAAGAUAAAAUGCCAAGGAACACAGCAACUCAAUCCAAGCAGAAAGAGUUAACUGAAAUAGCCAUUGAUUCUUACUUGAAUAGCUCGCCUUUCAGGAGAACUAAUUCUGUACAAGACAGGAUGAAGAAAUUUACUGUGGACUCGUCCAACCAAUCUGCUGAACUUGGUACAAACUUUUCCACUCAGAAAAGAAACCAGCUGAAUGAAAGCAGAAGCAGCCGAAUUUUACAACGACAACAGCCAUUAUCAGGCAGCCCCGCACUGAAAAUGAAAGAAUCUGGAUCUUUGAGCGCAGAAACAUCUUUGAAGGGGAACUCUGAUGAUGUUAGGAAUGUGCAGGAAGUAGAUAAAUCUACAGCAAAAACAGAUAAACAGAAUGAACACUUACUGUCAGGUAGAAAUAAAAAACUAAACGGCUCAAGUAAAAGAAAUGGAAUCGAGCGGGAUAGGUCAGCCUCACUGAGAGAGAACACGUCCAGCUCUGAACAAGUGGAUGGAAAGGACUUUCCAAAAUCUGGUAACAAGUUGACUUAUAGCUCUGCCAAAUCCAACUUUCCAACUCCAGAGGUGCAACCCCAGGGCUCGAGGGCAGCAUCCUCAGUGUCUUCUUCCGAGAGCUUGUUAAGUCAUCGAAACAGAACAGCAAUUCCUGUAGAUGGAUCAAAUAAGUCAACAUUGCCCUUGUUUUCUUUUGAGAAGGAUUGCAAUAAGAAAUCAUUCACGCAAAAGUCUGCGACUGAUAAAUCAUACAUCAGGACUCCAGGGAGGAGCAACAUAAACAAAUCACAAACAUACCAGCCUGCGUCAGAGAAGGACUCCAGUAAAACCCACACAGACAGCUCAGUGCACUUAGAACAACCUAGAUCUGCUGAGCCCUCAGACUUUCCUGCGACACCGAGCAGGCACUUUCAACAAAGCUUUUCCAGACAAUCUGAAAGAGAAAAGCAACUGAGCAGCAACGAAAACAACAUGAAGACACUCAUGACAAUUGAAAUUAAGGAUGGACGGAAUCCCGAUCUUAUUACUACAAGGAUCUCUGGCACACCUUCCUCACAAAGGGGAGAGCUGACAUUUGGUUUGAGAGCGACACCAUUCAGAAUGAUGGGUCCGAGCGGCAUCAUGAUGGAGACAGAGCAAGUAAUGACUGAAACAGCCCAGUCACUUCAGUUUGAGCCGACUCUACCCAAUGGGGUAGAUGAGAAAGAAAAGGAGAAUGCCAAAGAGAAAAGCAGCACAGUGGUUCAAGAUGAUCUGAGUGCUAUUGAAGAUGAAGAGGUUCUGGACAAAAUGCUUGAUCUAACAUCCGACUUUGAGAAACGGAAGAUGAUUCGAGCUGCAAUGAGGGAGCUCCGGAAAAAGAAAAGAGAUGAACGAGAAAGGGAGCGUGAAAUGAGACUACAGGAAAUGAAACAAAAAACAGAGGAGGCAAAGAAAGCAAAGUCUUUAAAUACUGCUGAAAUGAUUGUAUCCAAAACAGAAAAAUCUGCAGAUGGGAAGAUUGUCACCUCAAUGUCAAAGACUGAGAGAAUCACUCAGUCAGGUUGUGGCAACAGAACUUUACAAACGACAACUGUGGAAUCCAGUGUUACAAAGAAAACUGAUGGUGGAACAUCUGUCCUUCAGACCAAGUUUAGUUCCAGCAGCACUUCAUCCAAAAAGGUUGGCAGUAUUUUUGACAGAGAAGAUGACGCAAGAUCCAGCAGUCUAUUAGCACUUGAGAGGAAACAGGCUGAGAAACGGAAAGAGGUGUUGAGGUCACAAACACUUCCACGGACUUCAGGAUCACAGGCACGGAAAGCACUGAUUGAGAAACUAGAAAAAGAAGGUGGAAGUCCUGGAAAUCCAGCUUUUUCCAAAGUGAGAAUUCAGAGAUCUUCAAGCUGUGGUGUACCAAAUGCCAAUAGUAUUAAGCAGAUGCUACUCGACUGGUGUAGAGCCAAGACACGUGGCUAUGAGAACGUGUCUAUCCAGAACUUCUCCUCCAGCUGGAGCGAUGGGAUGGCUUUCUGUGCCUUGGUUCAUAACUUCUUCCCUGAGACCUUUGAUUACGCAGAACUGAAACCCAACAACCCUAGGCACAACUUCGAGGUGGCAUUCACAAUGGCAGAACGGGUAGCUUCUUGCGAUCCUCUCAUUGAUGUGGAAGAUAUGAUGAUAAUGGGCAAAAGACCUGAUCCUAAGUGCGUCUUCACCUAUGUCCAGUCCCUUUAUAAUCACCUACGAAGGUACGAGUAACGCGACCUGGCAGAUAGAAGGCAGGGUGCCUUGUCUUUCUGUUUAAAAAAAUAUAUCCACAGCUUGCCUGUGUUUUCAGACAAUUGUCAAAAGACACAUACAUGAUAUGAGUCACUAUGUACUACAUUUGCACACUUGGAUUUUCUUUCUUUUAAAUGCAUCCAGGCAAGGUGGAAGAUCCAAGGGCGAUGUUAUUGUCUGUGUUCUGUGUAAUACAGAAUUCUAGCAUAUGACUUUUUAUUUCCAAAUCAGGAAAAAAAUAAUCUUAUAUACGUACCGAGAAAGAACCUUUAUAUUGUAUAAUCAUCCACGUAUAUUUUUGCAGAAUAUCACAGCACUGAAAUAAGACGUAAAGGCUGCACAACAGAUUUCAGCAUAAGAGAAAGGAAAUUUAGAUAUAAUAAUAAAUUGGAAUUUAGUAGCUUUGUCCUUAUGUCUCACCUCUCACUCUCCCCAGUCACCCGUUCCACAAUAGACAGUUUUACAAGUAGUUAAAGGAGGCAAAUGCAAAUGAAAUGGCACAUUACGUCAUCAUUCUGGUGUAUCUAACACAGUGUGCAGUGAUUCUGUGGAGUGUUCAUUUUUCCAAGGCAACAUUGGACAAAUUAAAUUUAUUUUCAAACUAUAUUUUUAUCGUUCCCAUAUGCUGAAAAAAGAUUGUACUUUGGUGAGAAGAAAGAAAGUAAAUGUACAGUAUUCCUAUCAGCAAUAAUAAAAAGGCUAAUUUAAUACAAAUUAGGGAGAGAUGUUUGUCUUUGGUCAUGAACACUAAAUGUGUGUGAGAGCAUCACCCAAGACCUGUAUCACCUCCACUACUUUAGUUCCAUUGACUUUAUUCGACCGAAAUGUGCACAGUUCAUCCACAUGAUACUCGUACAUGUAAAGAACCUAAAAAAUAAUUCUCUCCAUUCCACUAAUACAGCAGGCCGCAUGUUUGAGUAUCUAAAGCAUUAAAAUAAAAACUAAAGAAUGAAGAACGUCAUUACCUUUAGCAGAAGCCAACAUGAAGAGCUUUCUGUGCAAUCGAAUAUAGUUCAAUAAAUUUAAUUGGUCAUAUUAAUCAGUUAUUGGCCAUUCACAAAGUUUCUUUGAUGUGAUUUCUAUCCUCAAGUUUACUUGGCUGAAUCAAUUUAAUCAACCUUACUUUGAAACUAUCAAUUUCCACUGCAUUCCCAUUCAACUGUUUCAGCAGAAGCAGCAUUAUUAAUGCUCUUAUAAAUAGCCCUUGACUGCUGUUGAAUAAGUGCAUGUGGAAAUGGACAGUGUUACACUCGGAUGCGACUGCCACUUUGGAACAGGCUGUCAACAGUUGCAAAAAAUCAAGAAUAGUAACUUUUGGAUUUCUGCUAAUCUGUUGCCUAGUUACUGUGUGGGAGGUCAAGAAACUCGCAUAGAAAUUGCUACCCUUUGAUUUUCAAUGUUAGGGUUUCUAUUCCUGGUUUCCAUAUGCUUUUUCUUCCUCUGCAUGGUAGUGUCCUAACCAAUCUGUGGCUCAUUUCACCAGUGUGUGGUUCAUCAGAGGAUUAUAUAACUGGUGUCAACAUGUAAUGUUUGUAAGGUUGGUACUGGAGGUGGGACAAUGAUCAUUUUGCUUUGGAAUUGGCAGAUUUAUCGACAGAUAAUGCAAAUGAUGAGACCUGCACUCUGCUGCUGUUUCUAUUUGCAUUUCAUGUCAUUGUAAUGCUUCUUUGGUAUAGCUCAUUCCCAGGCUGGCAUGUCUAGAAUCGAGAUCUGCAGUUGUCAAAUAUGGGCUCAGCCAUUUUUCACCCAGUGGUGAAUCUGGAAAGCCCAAGAGAGCGGUUUCAGUUACUGGGUAUAAUCAAGUUAGAAGUGAAUGGAAAUUUGGAUAUUAAGGCAAUCGGGGGAAAUGGGAUUUGUCCAAGAAAAUGGCACUGAGGUAAAAGAUUAGCCAAGGUGGAGGCGGUGAAAGAUUUCUAAUGACCUGUGCGUCUAUUUCUUAGUUGCUUUAUAUUGCUCCUGGAUUAGGGUCUGUUUGGAAAUAGUUUAGAACUACAAGGUGCGAAAAUAACAAAUUAUUUUGUAAAUUAUACUUCACAAAUCCUCUGUCCCACAUGUUAAGUAAUUAAAAUGUUAAGUAAUUAAAUAAUAUGAAUUCACUAUUAAUUACAUAUUUAUUAGUUAAUAUUGAAACUAUUGAAGGUAAACCUGCGUGGAGUUUAAGACCAAACCUCCACAAAAAAGUUUGAUUGCACUUAAUUAAUAUAACUGUUAGAGUAGAAUGUAAAUGGGGCAAACCAGAAAUAACUAUUGUAGACAUUGAUCGAUCUGAAAUUCUGAAAGAAUUCUGACAAAAAACUGCAUCCAAAAUAUAAAUGAGAACUUCACUUGUAAUACACUGUCUUAUCCACUCCCUGUGACUGCCACCACACAUGCACUGCCCACCGUUCCUCUUGGAGUGAGAGGGUCUGAGAAGAUUUUUGUCCAGUUUAACUAUAAUUUUUUCAUUCUACAAUUAUGUAAAUUUGAAAUUAUGAUUAGCAUUAUGUUGUAAAGGAUUUGCUGAUUGAGUUGUGCAACCUUGGUGAUAUUUAUAAGCCAUGAGCAGAUUACCUUUGGUUUGCUGGUGUUAAAAUAAGAGUAAGCAAAAAUGCUGAGAUAUUUAUCGUCCAUUGCCAUGCUACAUGCACCUCACAAGCUACUCACCUGCCCACUCUGUCAGACAUCUCCUGCCUCAUCUGUAGUAGAGUCUGCAGUUCCCAUUUAGUCACUACAAACAUUUAUUGAACCAGAGUGGAAAUAAAUCAUUCUCCAUCCCAAGAGUGCCUAAGAAGAAUAUAUAAAUACAUCAGUGACCAGCCUCUGAAAAUGGGUUAUUUUGAAGUCAAUCGAUAUAUAUAUAUUUAUAUACACAUUCUAGACACAAAUGCUUUUAAUACUCAGCCCAGCUUCUUCAAUUACAUUGACAAAAUAAAAAACAAAUGUUCCCCAUGGUCUGCUCUUUUUUUAAUCACUUAUAACUAACAAGAGAAUAAUCACCAGCGUUAUAACCAAAUCAUUACACGCAAACAUUUCAAGUAAUGUUACGGUUUCUGUCACACUAUAGCAGAAGGUUUAAAUCCCUGACACUAUUUAUACAAAUGCCGCGGGGCUCUGAUUUUCAAACUACUUAAACUGCUCAAUGUGUUUCUCUUUGUCAAAGAUAUUGUACGUGUGUGUUUUUGUAAUAAUCCACGUAGGACAGGCUGUAAAUCACAUGCAUAUUCAUUGUAUCUAUUAGUGCCACAUUUUAUAUUAAAACAAACAGUACAAUGUUUCUAUAUGUAAUGUAUGAAAAAAACUGCCACGCGUAUGUACUUGUCUGUGUAUAUUUUUAUUAUCCAUUUGGACUAUGUUUUCUUAUUAAAGUUAGCAUUAAGCUUGCUACAGGUAUUUUUUAAUAGCUUUGAUCAUUUGUUUCUGGAAAUAGAUUUAUCUUUAUCCAUUAUCCUCCUUGUUCUCAAAAGAGUGAAAUUCUUGGCUUAGAAAUCAGUGGUUUCUGGACACCUGAGGAGAAAAAUUGUGGCCUUUGACCAACUUUCCCAGGCAUUUGCUAACCAGCCUGCAGUUAUUGAUUGAUGCAUGUCUCUCCUUUAAGAUAUUUUUUUAACCUUAAGGGAUAAAUGGAAGAAUAGACACAUACCUGGCCUGCUUAUUGAUAGUUUGCCAUAAUGUAAAGAAUGCAGUUUGAGAAUUCCUGACAGCAGUGAAGAUCAAAUUAAACGAUUUCUGUGAACUUUGUAAAAUGCUAUCCAAUUAAAUUUAACUUGCUGAGGGCACAAGUGAAUGCAAUCAUACAAUAAGGCUGAGCUAGAGGGACUAAACCUCAGUAAACGUAAGAAAAGUGUUUAAUAAAGCAUGUCGAGUCAUGAAAAUCACAUUCAUUUGGAAAAAUGCAGGUAUGUGCUCAGAUGUUACUCCAUCGGGCUGUAAUUUGGAGUACCAUUAUUAAACCUAUAUUAUAGAAGAUGAACGGCACAUGACUAAGUGGCACGUGUACGAACGUCACAUUGCUAACGGUCCAAGAUUCCAAUGUCUGAUUCGUGGAUUCAUACAGUACGGACACAGGCCCUUUGGCCCAACUCACCCAUGCUGACCAAAAUACUAUCUGCACUUAUCCCAUUUGCCAGCAUUUGGCCCAUAUCCCUUUUAUAUGGAUGAGCCUCUCAUCAACCGCCUGUGGGUUGCAAUGACUGCUCCCAUGUUGGCUGAAAACAUUAAGAAAGUUCAAGAAAUGCUGCUUUGAGGUAGAAACUAAAUGCUAAACAUUAAUUGGUAUCUCAAAGAUAAAAACACUAAUAUUUUUGAUACACUUUUCAACAAUCAAAUAUGAGCUAACCAGCUAACUGGUUAAGACUUUAAGAUUUAUCAUAUUUGAGAAUGUCCUUUUUUUCCCCUAUUGCAAAAAUAGUCUUUAUAGCUGCCAUACUGAAUUUUGGGGGAAUGUUUUAUAGUGUAGCAACUUGAUCCCAACCAUCAUUUUUCCAAACAUAUAAUAUUUUUCCUGUAAUCUUGCUUCAUUUCACUAGCUGCGUAGCAUAAUGAUAUGGAGCAAGGAACUGCAGAUGCUGGUCUGCACUGAAGAUAGACACAAAAUGCUGGAGUAAUUCGGUGGAUCAGGCAACAUCUCUGGAGAAAAAGGAUGGGCGACGUUUCGGGUCGGGACCCUUCUACAGACCCGAAAUAUAAUCUAUCCUUUGUCUCCAGUGAUGCUGUCUGACCUGCUGAGUUACUCCAGCAUUUUGUGACUAGCAUAAUGAAUGUGUUUAAGUGUUGGCCACGUCCAUUCAACACUUAGCCGUUUCAUUUACAUUCUGCAGAUAAAGAAUAAUGAAUAGGUUAGAAAGAAAGGUGGAAUUAACCUUGCAUUAAAUAGGAAUUUAGGAUGUGGAUUCGUUAAAGAUAGCUCCACCAUCCGCGUUGGAUUAAUUUUCAUCAAUUUUUAAACCAUGAAUUUUAGUCCAUUGGUACAUGGAGGAUAAUAAUUGCUGUAAAGAAGCUGGUGGUCACAGGUGUGUCUGGACUUGUAUGAAGGAGAAUUAGUUUUUGGAUAUGAAUCUCUGCAAGCUGCAUGUAAAUCCAUGGCUCACAGAUGCAUCUGCACAUUCUGGCUGCAAAAUGUAUACACGGUUCUGAAAGACGGGUAUAAUACUUGCUCCACUGCCUUAUCAAUUUGGAGCUUGUGCCAAUAUUAUUAUUAUUAUUUGUCUUGUAAAAGAAAGACUAAUGUUUCAAAAUGAAAUGUACACCAAAUAAAUACACUGCCAUAAUACUAUAUUUUGCUACAAAGCUUUGUUAAUGUGAAGUAACAUGUGAUGCUCUUGGAUCAUAGAACCAAUCCACAUUGUAAUAAAGUGGCUCCUUAGUGAAAGGCUUAUAUGGCCACAGGUCUGAAUACUAGCUGUGAUUAUUCAAAUAUUAGCUAACCAGCGGGGAAGUUAGUUUAAACCUUGCUCCAGCAACUUAAAAACAAAUGAAUCCAAUAUUCUGAAUGUUGUCUUUAGGAGAGGGCAAUUCAUUUUACAAUUCCAAAGAAAGUUGCCGACAAACAUCCAAGUUCAAGUUCGAGUCACAUUUAUUGUCACAUGCACCAGCGUGGAUUUGCCUUUUAUUGACUUUGGCUGCUGUCAGAAAUCAGUUCAAAACAGUUCCCUGGCACCAUCUUUUCCAGGGUAUUUUACAUUUAAUAAAAUAACAAUUCAUUGAUUUUCAGAGGUUACACUGGAGAAGGCUGAGAAAUAGUUGAACCAUAAUAGGUCUGGAACUCAGAGUACCCCAGAUCAUGUUUAGUCUAUGGUACCCAUGAAGAAGGGAACAGAUAGUGGUAAUGAGGAAUUAUUGGCUCUUGGGAGGAAUAGUGAGGAGUGGAGAUUUGUUGGAUGGCUUGGAGUCUGUAGGAAAUACUCCUGGUCCUUCCAGUCCAGAAGCAAAAUAAUUCCUUAUGUUUCUGCCUCCUCUCAAUGUGUGUGUUACCCAGGGACUGGGGAACGAGGGGAGGGAAAACCUUGUGCCUUUUGUUAAAGUGGAAUGACUGCUAAAUUAGUGUGGACACGCCCAUUAUGAUAUUUUAAUGACCAAUCUGCUUGAUAGAUCUUUAAUGUAUUGUAUUCUCAUAGCAGAACAUUGAGUUUGAUUAAGUACAGUUCCCAUUCCAGAUUUAAAAAAAAAUAAAUUAAGCUCUUGACACGUCCAAUUAAUCUGUUUGGGAGUUAAAAUUCAGGACCUGUCGCCAAUCUUUCCAAUACAGGAUCUUCUUCUUCUUCUUCUUCUUCUUGCGUAUGGCAUGCACAGUCUAAAGUUGUAGGACAACUUGUUCUAUUUGAUCUUACUUGAUUGUGCACGCCAGGUUGAUUGCAUUCGUCGAAACAGGGCGGACCACAUGAAGAUUGAAAUCUACUAAAUGGCUACUAUCUAAAUGGCAUCAAGUUGGGAAAAGGGGAAGUACAACGGGAUCGGGGAGUCCUUGUACAUCAGUCUACGAAAGUAAGCAUGCAGGUACAGCAAGCAGUGAAGAAAGUGAAUGGCAUGUUGGCCUUUAUAACAAGAGGAAUCGAAUAUAGGAGCAAAGAGGUCCUUCUGCAGUUGUACAGAGCCCUAGUGAGACCACACCUGGAGUAUUGCGAGCAGUUUUGGUCCCCUAAUUUGAGGAAGGACAUCCUUGCUAUUGAGGGAGUGCAGCGUAGGUCUACAAGGUUAAUUCCUGGGAUGGCAGGACUGUCAUAUGCUGAGGGAAUGGGGCAGCUGGGCUUGUACCCUCUGGAGUUUAGAGGGGGGAUCUCAUUGAAACAUAUAAGAUUGUUAAGGGUUUGGACACACUAGAGGCAGGAAACAUGUUCCUGAUGUUGGGGGAGUCCAGAACCAGGGGCCACAGUUUAAGAAUAAGGAGUAAUCCGUUUACGGAGACGAGAAAAACACUUUUUCUCACUGAGAGUGGUGAGUCUGUGGAUUUCUCUGCCUCAGAGGGCGGUGGAGGCAGGUUCUCUGGAUGCUUUCAAGAGAGAGCUAGAUAGGGCUCUUAAAAAUAGCAGAGUCCGGGGAUAUGGGGAGAAAGCAGGAACGGGGUACUGAUUGGGGAUGAUCAGCCAUGAUCACAUUGAAUGGCGGUGCUGGCUCGAAGGGCUAAAUGGCCUACUCCUGCACCUAUUGUCUAUUGUCCCACCCCCCCAAAUACAGGAUCAAUUCUUUUGAUCUAUUCAAGCAUAUUUUAAUGAAAAUUAAUGUCAGAUCGUUUCAGCCUGAUACAGCUUGAUACACCUUCCCCAUUUGCUUAAAAUAAUUGGAGAUCAAUGAAGCAUGUGCAACACUCAUGAGAACUAACAGCCAGUACCUUUACUAAAGGAUAACAAUUACAAAUUAUGAUUUUACCAAUGCCUCAGAUUUACCGAUGUGGUGCAUCCACAAACAAUUUUACACAAGCAUACACCGUUUUACAUCAAGUCCAUUCUUGUAUGAUCUGUGGAGCAGGUAAACUUAACUCUUUUCUCCUUUUGAGUUUAUCCCUCUGACGAUAAUGCUAUUUAAUUUUAGUUUGUUUGGAGAGCUCACAACAUGGCUGUAUUCCUGCUUGCACUAGAAUUGAAUUAUAUUUGGAAUAAGUCUUGGUUUUACCGUCAGGUUAGCUUGUUGUGUCUUUUUCAGACCACUGUACUGUUUUACACAGUUAACUGAUUUCAGUAUGCAUUUUUGAAAUAUCUGUUUGACACAGUUUACAUUGAUAUGCACUAAAGCACAAUUAAAACUAUUUACAACCAG